AUGGACAUCGGUAACAGUUAUUUCAGCGUUAUCGCACUCUCCGGAGUGCCUGUGAUGCACGCUGCAGUCUUACCUCCUUCAGGCAAAGUAGUGUUUCUGGACAAAGUUGAAGACUACUCAGAACUGCGGUUGCCGAACAACCGUUGGGCAUAUUCCGCGCUCUACGACCCCGACACACACUACCUUACUCCACUGUCUGUCGCGACAAACCCCUUUUGCUGUGGUGGUACCUUCCUGGCGGAUGGUCGGCUUGUCACUGUUGGCGGCAACGCUCCCUUGCUGUGGCUCGAUCCAACAGUCGAGGACGGAUUUGAUGCGAUCCGAUACAUCGGAAAUGAAGGCGGUGACUAUCAAUGGAAAGAGCCCGGGAAUAAACUGGCCUCCAACAGAUGGUAUGCCUCGGCACAGACUCUGGCAGACGGCAAGAUCUUUGUGGCAGCAGGGAGCUUGAAUGGACAAAGUCAAUAUAAUUUCAGCAACAACAACCCUACCUACGAAAUCCUCGAUGCGAAUGGUGUCAGCGACGGCCAAAAUAUACCGAUGGACAUCUUGGUCAACACAAUGCCGUACUAG